GCUUUAAUCUUUUACGUUAUAAAAUAACGCAACCUCACUUGACUUCUUCUAAUCUCCGCUAUCCGGCUCUUAGUUUUAUUAACUCUAGUUCUACUCGCUGUAAAGUUACUGCUAAAAAUUCUCACCAUCCAACCCUCACUUCUCCACCUUCACAUAGCGAUUUAUUUCUUCAAGGCAGUGCGGCAAGUUACAUUGAAGAAUUGUAUGAAGCAUGGCAAAAAGAUCCUACCUCAGUUCAUUUGUCCUGGCAGGUGUACUUUAAAAAUAUCCAUGCUGGCAUGAAUCCUCGUCAAGCUUAUCAACCACCUCCAACAAUUGUACCAGCUGGAAUAGCCGCUCCCGUUUCGCCAGGAAAUUAUGGAGUAAAUGAUCAUAUGAAGGUACAACUUUUAGUAAGAGCUUAUCAAGUUCGUGGGCAUCAUCUUGCAAAAUUAGAUCCUCUAGGCAUUAUGGAUGCUGACUCUACGUUUCCAAAAGAACUUGAUCCAAGUCAUUAUGGCUUUACUGAAGAAGAUCUUAAUAGGCAAUUUUCAUUGGGACCUGGAAUCUUAACACAAUUUUCUAAAUUUUCUCGAGAAAAAAAGACACUUAAAGAGAUUGUUGAAUAUUGUGGUCCGAUUGGUAUUGAAUAUGUCCAUAUUCCUUAUCGAUAUCAAUGUGAUUGGAUUCGUUCUCGAGUAGAAGUUCCGGUAGCAUAUAAUUAUACGACAGAAGAAAAACGCAUGAUUCUUGAUAGAUUAAUAUGGUCUCAUUCAUUCGAAAAAUUUGUAGCUACAAAAUAUCCAACUGAAAAAAGAUUUGGUUUAGAAGGAUGUGAAAGUUUAAUUCCUGGCAUGAAAGCUUUGAUUGACAAAUCUGUUGAUCUUGGAAUAGAGUCAAUAGUACUUGGAAUGGCUCACCGUGGUCGACUGAAUGUACUUAGUAAUGUAGUCCGAAAACCUAAUGAAUCUAUAUUUUGUGAAUUUGGUGGGUCUGCGAAUUCCGCCGAUGAAGGUUCUGGUGAUGUCAAAUAUCACUUGGGCAUGAAUUAUGACAGACCAACUCCAUCAGGGAGACGUGUGCACCUUUCCCUUGCUGCUAAUCCAUCCCAUCUAGAAGCUGUGAAUCCUGUUGUAUUGGGUAAAGUUCGUGCACUUCAACAUUACACAGGUGACGAAAAAGAACGACAUCGUUCUAUGGCAUUGUUACUUCAUGGUGAUGCAUCAUUUGCGGCACAGGGUGUAGUAUAUGAAACAAUGGGCUUCCAAGAUCUACCAUACUAUACAACUGGGGGUACGAUUCAUAUAGUUAUAAACAAUCAGAUCGGGUUUACUACUGAUCCUCGAUUUGCUCGUUCAACGCCAUAUUGUACUGAUAUAGCAAAGGUGGUCAGUGCUCCUAUCUUUCAUGUGAAUGGAGAUGAUGUUGAGGCAGUAACUUUUGUGUGUCAAUUGGCAUCUGAAUGGAGACAAACUUUCAAAAAGGAUGUUGUUAUAGAUUUAGUCUGCUAUCGUAAACACGGUCAUAAUGAAGUUGAUAUGCCUAGUUUUACGCAGCCAAGAAUGUAUAAACAAAUUGCUAAAAAAACCACUACACUUGACAUUUAUGUAGAAAAACUUUUAAAUGAGGGCACAUUCACGAAGGGUGAAAUUGAUAAAAAUAAAAAGUGGGUAUGGGAUACAUUAGAAGAAAGCUAUAGCAAGAGCAAAGAUUAUAAACCAACUAGUCGCGAAUGGCUUUCUAGUUCUUGGCACGGGUUUAAAUCACCUAAAGAAAUUGCCGAAAAAAUUACUCCUAUUUAUUCAACUGGUUCCUCUCUUGAAUCACUUAAACAUGUUGGUGAUGUUAUUAGUUCUUAUCCAAAAAAAUUCAAUAUACACCCUGGUGUUGAGAGAAUAUUUAAAGCUCGUGCUAAGUCUAUAGAAGAUGGUGAAAAUAUCGAUUGGCCCACUGCCGAAGGUCUUGCUUUUGGUUCAUUACUUCUUGAAGGAAAACAUAUCCGUUUAUCUGGUCAAGAUGUAGAGCGUGGCACUUUCUCACAACGUCAUUCUGUUCUUCAUGACCAAGAAAAUGAAACUCAAUACACACCAUUAAACCAUCUACGGCAUGGCCAAGCUCAAUUUGUUGUGUGCAAUUCUUCCUUGUCAGAAUUUGGUGCUCUUGGUUUUGAACUUGGAUACUCUCUUGUAAAUCCAAAUUCUCUUAUAUUGUGGGAAGGUCAAUUUGGUGACUUUGCCAAUAAUGCACAAUGCAUUAUUGAUCAGUUUAUCGCAUGUGGCGAAAAGAAAUGGCUUCAACGUACUGGGAUGGUAUGCUUACUACCUCAUGGUUAUGAUGGACAAGGUCCUGAACAUUCAAGCGCACGUAUUGAACGAUUCCUUCAACUUUGCGAUGAUCAUCCAUAUAUUUAUCCUACUCCAGAAAAAAUGGCACGUCAACAUCAAGACUGUAAUAUGCAAGUAGUAUAUUGUACAACACCGGCAAAUUAUUUCCACGUUUUGCGAAGACAAAUUUAUCGUGAUUUCAGAAAGCCACUUAUAGUUUUCACAUCAAAGAACCUUCUUAGGCAUCCUAUGGCUCGUUCUAAACUUGAUGAAAUGAUUGGUGAAACCUAUUUCUCACGAUAUAUACCAGAUCCACAUCCGGAUACACUCGCUGCACCAGAAAAGAUCACUCGUCAUGUCUUAUGUUCUGGCCAAGUAUAUUAUGCUCUUUUAAAAGCUCGUGAACAAAACAAGAUGGAUCAUGUGGCAAUCUCCAGAAUUGAGCAACUGAGUCCAUUCCCAUAUGACCUUUUAGCAAAACAUGUUGACAAGUACCCAAAUGCACAACUUGUGUGGGCUCAAGAAGAGCCUUUGAAUUCGGGUGCAUGGAAUUAUGUAGCGCCUAGAAUUCGUACUCUUAUGAAUAGCACUGAACAUAAUAAAGGCAAAUCAUCUCAACCGGCAACUCGUUUACCGUCAGCUUCUCCUGCAACAGGGAACAAAAAACAACACACCCACGAAGAACAUGAUUUAUUAUCCCAGGCGCUUAUUGGAGAAAUCUUAAAACCAAAAAAUGUUGUUUCUGGAGUCCCAGUUUGGACAUAA